UGGUCAGGCGGAGGGCCGGAGCCAUGGCGGCCAGGGCGGCGGGCGGGGGGCGCUGGGAGGUGGUGAAGAAGGGCCGGCGGCCGACGGCCGGCGGCGGUGGUCGAGGCGGCGGCGGGGACCGCCGGGCGCUCGGGGAGGCGAACGGAGUGUGGAAAUACGACCUGACCCCUCCAAUCCAGACCACAAGCACCCUUUAUGAACGGGGCUUUGAGAAAAUCAUGAAGAGGCAAAAUAAGGAACAGGUUCCACCCCCUGCUGUGGAUCCUAAGAAACCCGCCAACAAGAAGCAGCCGAAGAAGGUAGCAGCUGUCACCAACCAAAAUCAGAAGCAGGGCCGCUUCCGCAGCCUAGAGGAGGCCAUGAGAGCUCUGGAUGUGGCAGCUCUGCAGAAGGAACUGGACAAGAGCCAGAGUGUGUUCGUUGGAAACCCCUCUGUGUGGUUGAAGGACCUGGCCAGCUACCUCAACUACAAGCUCCAGGCUCCUCAGAGUGAACCCACACUCAGCCAGCAUACUCAUGAUUAUCCCUACAGCCUGGUGAGCCGAGAGCUGCGCGGGAUCAUCCGAGGGCUCCUGGCAAAGGCAUCAGGGUCUCUGGACCUCUUUUUUGACCAUUGUCUGUUCACCAUGUUGCAAGAACUCGAUAAGACACCAGGGGAGUCAUUACAUGGUUACCGCAUCUGCAUCCAGGCCAUUCUACAAGACAAGCCCAAGAUUGCCACCAUGAAUCUGAGCAAGUUCCUGGAACUGCUGAGGUCCCACCAGAACCGGCCAGCAAAGUGCCUGACCAUCAUGUGGGCCCUGGGACAAGCAGGUUUUGCCAACCUCACCGAGGGACUGAAAGUGUGGCUGGGGAUCAUGCUGCCUGUGCUGGGCAUCAAGUCUCUGUCUCCCUUUGCCAUCUCAUACCUGGAUCGGCUGCUCCUGAUGCAUCCAAACCUCACCAAGGGCUUUGGCAUGAUUGGCCCCAAGGACUUCUUCCCACUUUUGGACUUUGCCUAUAUGCCCAACAACUCCUUGUCACCCAGCCUGCAGGAACAGCUGUGUAAGCUCUACCCCCGACUGAAGGUGCUGGCAUUUGGAGCAAAGCCGGAAUCUACCCUGCAUACCUACUUCCCUUCCUUCCUGUCCAGAGCCACCCCUAACUGUCCGUCUGGGAUGAAGAAAGAGCUCCUGGGCAGCCUGACCCAGUGCCUGACAGUAGACCCCCUCAGCACCAGCAUCUGGAGGCAGCUGUACAUCAAACACCUGUCACAAUCCAGCCUGCUGUUGGAGCACUUGCUCAAGUCCUGGGAGCGGAUUCCCAAGAAGGUACAGAAGCCUCUGCAAGAAACCAUUCAGUCCUUCAAGCUUACCAACCAGGAGCUACUAAAGAAGGGCAGCAGUAACAACCAGCAUGUUGUCACCUGUGAUGUGGCCUGCAAGGGCUUGUUGCAACAGGCACGGGGCCCUCGGCCACCCUGGACCCGGCUAUUGCUAUUGCUGCUGGUCUUUGCCAUAGGUUUCCUGUGUCAUGACAUCCGGUCACACAACUCUUUUCAUGCCUCCCUCACUGGCAGGUUGCUUCAGUCAUCUGGUUUCUUGCCUGCUGGCCAGCAAGUAUAUGCCAGACUUUACUCCUACAGCCUGCAAGGCUACAGCUGGCUAGAGGAGACAUUGCCAGCCUGUGGCUCCCACCUGCUUACCAUGAUACAACCCAGUUUGCAACAGGCCUGGGCCCACACCAAUGCCACAGUCAGCUUCCUUUCUGCCCACUGUGCCUCCCACCUUGCCUGGUUUAGUGACAGCUUCACCAGCCUCUCUCAGAGGCUACAGAUUCAGCUUCCUGACACCCUGCACCAGCUGCUCCAUUAUCUGAGGGAGCUGUUCCUGCUUCUCUACCAGAGUGUGCUGCUGCCUAUUUGGCAUAUGCUGCUUGAGGCUCUUUCCCGAGCCCAGGAGUACUGCCAUGAGGUGUGCAGAGGUGAGGUGACCUGGGACUGCCUGAGGACACAGCUCAACGAGGCUGUCCACUGGACCUGGCUCUGCCUACAGGACAUCACAGUAGCUUUCUUGGACUGGGGACUUGCCAUGAUAUCCCAGCAAUAGGCCCUGCCUUCCUGACCACUGAUUCUGUCAUAAGCAGGCCAUCUGAGACUGCUGGAGGGUAGAAGGUGACUCUUUUAAUUUGGUGCCUGAGUUCUGUCUCCUAGGCAAAGUAGUCAGUUGCUUCUGGCCCAGUUCCUCCAUCUUUAGUAGGGGCUGGGCCAGAGAUCUCUCAAUCUGCCCACAAGUCCAUGGGAGGACCCACAGGGCUUUGUGGGAGCUGUGCAAUGGGCCUUCAUCCUUGGGCUGGUAACCUAUACUACUCUCUUGCCUCCUGCUCUCCACUGCCCUCCAUCUCACUUCUAAAGCCCCAAAUUCAUCUCCAAAAAGAUGAGACUCUCAGCAAGUUUCACAGUCUCUCUUUUCAUUAUCAGUCACAACCUUAGUUACAACAGAAAAAGACUAGCGGCUUCCAGACUGAUCGAGCAGCACAGUGGGCAACAGCAGCUUCACCUCUGCCUGCAGCCUGCAUGUGCUGACAGUGGAUCUGGGGGCCUGGUGGAAAUGCAUCUUACCUCAGAACACCCAGAAGGCCCUUUGAGGUCUAUCACUACCCGCUCCCAUCAGAGUCCUACCUAACAUCAACUCUCCAUACCACUUCAGUGCUGGGGGCUCUGCCUCAAAGUUCAGUUUCUCCACUACCCACCCUACUAUCCACCUGGAAAGCAGAGCCCAGGUAGCUGUGUGCCUUGGGCCCCAGGAACCUUCCAUUAGCCUGUUGAGACAGGAGUCCACAUAUGGCUCCUAGGUGUGCCUACUAGGUGAAAUAAAGGACACAGGUUUGAUUUCUAGCUUUCCUCUCUGUGUUGUUGUACAGAAAUUAUAGUUAUGGGAAAGACAACAAAAUAGUAGUCCCCCUGCCCUCCUGAGGAUUGUAGCCAUUGAUUGUAUUUGAGCUUCUGGCAGGGAAAGUCUAUAUCCAUCGUUCAACAAAGCUAGACACCCUUCCUCUUGUUACCCUAACUAUAUUGUCUGACUUGUUACUGUGAUUCACAUUCCAAGAUUUGCCUCGAUAGCUUGAAUGUUUUAUGAGAAAGUGAGUGAAAGAUAAUGACUCCAAGAGACAAACCCAGGACUUAUCACCAAAGUCCCUUUCUAAUUUUUGUCUGAGACAUAAAUAAAAAUCAGGCCCAUGUUCAGUUCUUACCCAGGUUUCUUUCCUCAAUGUCUCAAAUCUAAGCAGUUCUUAGGGAUGCCAUUCUAACUUCACAGGAUGAUUUCUGCUUCCCUGGCACCUUGUGGUGCUUAGAUACCCUUGCUUUUCCCACAGUGAGAUUAUAGAAAAUGUGCAGAUGCUUGACCCAAAGUGAGGUCAUGAAGACUAUAGCACUAUACGCUUUUAUUGCCUCUUCUCUUGGGAAGCAAACAACCCAUGUGAGGCGUAUUCCUUGCUUACCUAGUGACAGUUAGCCAUGACCAUUUUUCCCAGAGAAGAGAAACAUUACCCAGCAAAGAGCCAACCAAGGUGUAGGCCUGCUGGGCUGGAUUGUUCAAGAGCCCCAGAACCUUGGGCAUUUCCUCAAUUAGGCACAAACAGGUUCCCUAAGAAUAGGAAGUGCUUGUAACUAGCUGUAUUCAAGGUAAGUUGGACUGGGAGGCUGGGUCAGCAACAGCACAAGCCAAGAUAGCAUUCCCUACCAUGAUAACCAGUCUAAGGCUCCUGGGCUGAGUUCUUUGAAUUUAGCACCUCACAAUGUUACAAGUGCUGUGCUGGCUUCUAAUGUUUGUACUAGAUUUACCUUAUUAGAUUCAUGUCAUUUCUGAAACUAGCCCUUGAGGUCAACAUUUUUUUAGUCAAUUUAGAUUGUAGGAGUCCCCACAGCCUCUCUGAAUGAUACUGACACCUUAAUAGGCAGUAGGGCAGUUUGAGUAUCAUUAUCUCUAGUGAUUGCCAACACUUGUGUGGACCUAAAAAUAAUACACCUCAUUUCUAAACUGUCCUAUUAUUUUGUAAGUCUGAAAGCAAGUUUCCAUGUUUCUCUGUGUGUGUGUGUAGUCCAUAGCUUCGGUUUUCUGAACAGGACAGGCUGGUAGGUCAUCUGACUUACUAUAGACAUAUAUGGCUAGACUCACACCUGAGGUAUUAUGUGUCCAUUCUCAAAAUGCCGUCCCACCCCAGAGUGGAUCUUUCCCUAUUUCAAAUGCCCCACUGUCAAAUACACUGAUGUUUUUGCGA